ACACGAAAAAUAAACGAUAUGUGAAUUAUUCAUUUUAUUUUUGGAUCAGUUUAUGUUUUUCAAGACAGCAGUUUUGAGUUCAGAGCAGCAUAUAUUACAGGAGGACUUCCAUGCUCUGACCAAGACUAUAGUAUGUAAGGUCUGUUGUGACAAGGUUGUGGCCGCAGUGUUCCUGCCCUGUGGUCACUUAGUAUGCUGUCUGGACCGUGCCACCGCCAUGAGGAGGUGUCCCCUCUUUGCAGAGCUCAUCAAAGGCACAGUCAAAACCUACUUUGCUUAAUAAGCUCUGUACAUGUAGGUAACUUUUCUGCAGAUUGAACUGUUCUGUUAUGACAGGCUGUUUUAAUUUCUUAAAAUAAAGUGUGUGAAGGUACAAAGUCUGUUAUAUAAAAGAAGUUACAAA